GAUGGUUGACUCGACAGUCUCCUGCAAAAAGCUACAUCGCUCGUUUCAAAAUGCGUGGCAAACUUUCGUUGCUGGCUAUCGCUGUCGUUGUCACGACGGCGUACGUGACCGCUGCGGCCAAAGAUCGGGCGUCGGAUGCGUUCAGUUUAUUCCCUUACAAAAACUACCCGUACUACGCCGAGCAAAUCAAGUCGUCCAACAAUAACGCGGAUGCGCAUCGCCAGCAGAUGUUGACCAUGUCGUUCGUCUUUCCGGCGGUGAACCUUCCGACCCGGCUCACCAUCCUUGAAACGUUGACUUCCACUUCGACCAUCGUUUGCACCAAGUCUGUCAGCAAUCAGUGCUCAGUUCGACGGAGAACCCAACGGCCGUGGCGAUUCAAUCGACCGCCAAUCGCUCUGGCUAAUCAAAACUAUGGACCAGCGAAAACUGACGAUUUAUUCAACAUGUUGUUGGAAGACGAUAACGAGAAUCAAUUCCCCAUUUUCCCCUCUGCUGUGCAAGGAGUUGAGGCUACUCAAUUCCCAAGUCGAGAGGGUCGUGCUGCUGACCCUCAAUUGCUGGUGGUGGCUUCGAGAUACUAUGGCAACCAGCAGCAACAGGCUGAAGACAUUAUUGAGUCUGGAUUCCGUUCCGACAAUUUCAACAGGCGGAUUCCAUCCGGAAAUGGCCAACGUCAGCAGCAGUUCUUGCAAAGUUUGAUGACGGUGACAAGGAGGACGACUAUCCUGGAAAUGGACGUCUCCACAUCGACUCCCAUUUGUUCGACCCUCGGGAGACUCCCGCAAUGCCCACCUGAGAAACCCCCAAGACAAUGUGUUUGGGAUUAGAAAAAUGCAUGUACUUAAUAUCAAAAAUAAUAUCUCAAUUAAUGCGGGAAACGGAAUUUAAUACAACGCGCGAAGUUAUUCUCUUAUUCCCGUUCGUCAUCAUUUGAUCAGCAUCUGAGUGCGCACGAAUAUGAAUUGCGGAUGACUAUUCGAUACAGACGUUUUUAACCAUUCUUAUUUAAUGUGGUGUUUUACAGUGUUCUCCUCUUGAUCCAACAUUGCAAAAUCCAACAUUUAUAAUUACGAUGAUGUCAAAAAAGAGUUGCCGAAUAAAGUACAAGAAAAAUUUAGACUGUUGA